AUGUCGUUGCAGGAUCUCAUCCCCGUGGUUAACAAGCUACAAGAUAUAGUCACAACAACCCAGCUAGCCGAUAUUGACUUGCCGAUCUUGGCAGUGGUUGGCUCCCAGUCGUGUGGGAAAUCAUCAGUGUUGGAGAACAUUGUUGGCAAGGAUUUCUUGCCGAGAGGCACUGGGAUUGUCACGAGAAGGCCCUUGGUUUUGCAAUUGAUCAACGUUAAGGACGACGAUCCGAUUCUUAAAAAGUCGAGCCGUCGUCACCAGCUCCACCAGCACGACGAUUUGGACCAUGACAAUGACGAUGAUCAUGGAGACCGUCCCGGGGGUCCUGGGGGUUCUGGCGCGGAAGAGACGGACGAGGUCAAUUUAGAAGACCAUUUGAGGAGAAUGAACGGCGGCCAGUCGAGAAGGAAAAACCCCGCGGAGUGGGGGGAGUUUUUGCACAUCCCCAAAAAGAGGUUCUACAAUUUCCAUGACAUUAGGAAAGAAAUCGAAAUUGAGACCUUGCGCAUUGCCGGCGAAAACAAGGGCAUCAGCAGAAUCCCCAUCAAUUUGAAAAUAUACUCGCCACAUGUGCUCAAUCUUACCCUUGUCGACUUGCCCGGUCUCACAAAGAUCCCCAUUGGCGACCAACCCACAGACAUUGAAAGACAAACAAGAAACUUGAUUUUGGAGUACAUUGCUAAACCAAACUGCAUUAUCCUAGCCGUGUCGCCUGCAAAUGUCGAUCUCGUUAAUUCCGAAUCUUUGAAACUUGCAAGACAAGUUGACCCCACGGGUAAACGAACCGUUGGCAUCUUGACCAAAUUGGAUCUCAUGGAUCAGGGAACUAAUGCUUUGGAUAUCCUCAAGGGAAAUGUUUACCCGUUGAAAUUGGGGUUUAUUGGAAUCGUCAAUCGUUCGCAACAGGACAUUUCCGAAAAUAAAUCACUUGAUGAUUCCUUGGUGAGCGAACAGCAAUUUUUCCUCAAUCAUCCUGCUUACAGAGCAAUGGCUGCCAAAUGCGGCACCAAACACUUGGCCCAAACUCUCAACAAGAUUCUUAUGAACCACAUUCGCGACAGAUUACCCGACAUUAAGGCCAAGCUCAACACGUUGAUGAGUCAAACUGAGCAUGAACUUGCCUCCUAUGGAGACAUGCCAAACAUUGGCGACUCUAAGGAAGGCAGAGGUGCCAUGGUGUUGACUUUGAUGACCAAGUUUGCCAAUGCUUUCAUCAGUUCCAUCGAAGGUAACUCGGCAAGCACAGUGACCACAAAGGAACUUUGCGGAGGUGCAAGAAUAUACUUUAUAUAUAAUGAAGUGUUUGGCUCGACUUUGGCUUCCAUCAACCCGACACACAAUUUAUCAGUUCAUGAUAUCAGAACAGCAAUUCGAAACUCAACUGGACCUAGGCCUUCAUUAUUUGUGCCCGAGUUGGCUUUUGAUUUACUAGUCAAGCCCCAGAUCAACUUGUUGGAGGAUCCAUCUCAAAGGUGCGUUGAAAUGGUUUACGAAGAGUUGAUGAAGAUUGUCCAUAGUGUCUGUUCGUCCGAUAUUGGCCCUGAAUUGAGCAGAUAUCCGAGGUUGCAGAAUAGAUUGAUUGAGGUUGUUAGUGAUUUGCUAAGGGAAAGACUAGGACCAACCAAACACUAUGUCGAGUCUCUUAUAGAGAUCCACAAGGCAUACAUCAACACCAACCACCCAAACUUUGUCGGUGCUGCUAAAGCCAUGAGCAUAGUUGUGGCUGAGCGCCAAAAACAGAAGGAAAUGGAACUGAACAACAAAUUGAAACUAGCAACCCAACGUAUUCUCGGAAGGAAAGAUGCCGAGUUGGUUGAACUCAACGGUGAAGGAGAAGGAGCAGAGCGAGCAGGAGAAGAAGACGAAGAAGAAGAUACAGAUGAAGGUGUUGCAAAGAUGAAGGAAGAUAUCGUAUCAGUCGAUGAUGAAUUCCCUAAACGCAAACGUACAAGCCACCACGCUAGACCCAAGGCCCACCGCCACGAUGAAUCAUACCUCAAUUAUUUCCUUGGUAAAGACCCUAUUGUACACCAGCAACAAAUGCAAACGCAGGCUCAACUCAACCCCACGCCAUUCAAGUUCCCUCAUCCUCAUGAAACAACAUUGCAAUUUAACUCGCAAUUCAUCAACAACAGAGUCACGAGCAACCCUCAUUCAAACCUCCACCACCACCUGCUCAAUUACCUGAACCUGAACCUGCACUACCACCACCACCACCUGCACCUGCUUCAACAGCAAAACUCAACGCCGUCGUCACUGCACAGUUACCAAGCAAGUGACGCCAUGCAGAAUGACUUUGGCAAUCUCUCAGUCUCGGGGGAUGCAGUAUUUACAGAUGGAUCAUUUGAGUCUGACGAGACAAUAAACGAAUUAACGGAACGCGAGCAAAUGGAGUGCGAAUUGAUUCGAAGAUUAAUAAUAUCCUACUUCAGCAUUAUUAGAGAAAUGAUCCAAGAUCAAGUGCCCAAAUCCAUCAUGUGUCUUUUGGUCAAUCACGUUAAACAGCAUAUUCAAAAUCGGUUGGUUGUUAAAUUAUACAGUGACGACAUGUUUGACGAGUUGUUGAGAGAAGAUGCUGGCAUUCAAGCUGAGCGUGAAAAAUGCAUUGAGUUGUUGAAGACUUAUAAAGAAGCUGCUAGGAUUAUUGGCGAUGUUGUGUGA